CAACUUCGAGCCACGACCGAUGCGGCUGGAACACGUCUCCGCUGAACUUCGGACUCCGAUGCGUAUUUCGGUUAAACUGAAAACUAGGUAAACCAGAAGAGAACCUGUAAAGUUCGACAUACCGUCGCACCCGAUACACUAACGGAGCCGGCGAUUCGACGACAUAAGUCUAUGCCAAAUAUCGUCACUGUUUGUCCGGCUGCAGGCGACACCAUAAGAUCAGUUCUACAUAGCAGCCGACCAAGCAGCUUAACUUGCCCGACGCCGAGAUGCUCGUGAUCUGAACGAACAGCCAGCUAGCCCGCCGCAGAUUUUUUUGGCGAACUUCGCAGAACCGUCGUACCGCUCUUAUAUGACGUCAUUGGUCGACAAAGCUGUACAUUCUCCAGCAGUAGAACAAGCAGCAAAGACGAGGAUCGAUUGACGCAGAAGCGAUGCUCCUCCUCACCCAACGUCUCUGUAUAUAGUUUGGACAGGCGGGCGAUCCGGUGCCGUCUUCAGCGGUAACCCGGAACCGGUUACGGUUACCCACAGUGGUUGCAACGUUGUUAGUGGUCAGAAGAUUUGUUCCGGUUGAGGUGACUCCUUGACAUUGUUAUAUUUAUGGCUGUAAGUUUUCUAGCCAUCGCAGGUCAGCCUACAAAUUCCGCGAACUUUACGCGUCGAAAAAACUUCAGGUGUGCCGGCCGAAAACAGGAACGAUCCAACGGCAACAGGUUGCAUCGGUGCUCAAAAGUACGCAAAAAGCGCGAUUAGCUGGUGUACACAGUACACGUGAGAAGUCUUGGAUAAGUCUGUGGAUAAAAAACAUAUAGCAAUAAACUGGUCAUCCUAUAAACGGCGAAUCAAAACAUGCUUCGGAAGAAUCGCUUCGUCCGGCUCCACAUUGUGCGACGCCAUUUGGGUCAAACGGGUUCCGCGGCCACCUCCUGAUUGUCGACCAGUCCAAAACUUAUAUGUAUGUUCGGCGCGGAAGAGCAUCGCCUCAGCGUCGAACUGCCUUCGAGUUCGUAGCUCUCCCGGACGUCCGACGAAGCCGCCGGAAGUUCCGUCGCCGGCACGGACGUACAGUAGGUGGUGUCGAUUCCUUUCGGAGUAGCCACUACAGGGGGAGUUCACAGCAUCGUUCACCAGCGACAUAAUAUAAUACUUGCACUUCGGGCCUGCGUAGUUGGCUACAAAUAUCUUUCGAUCCGGUGGGCUGGCUGGCCUUUCAUUGAGUCCGAGCACAUCGGCGUCGGAUAGGUAACGGGGGCUGGUGAAUUGGUCGGCCGAGACUGUCAAAGGCGUACACCUACCCUAUUGAUCUCAGCGUCACUGCAAAUGGUCGAUGGCCCACUGUGGAAAUGUUAGGCAUUUUAUGUCUUAUAAUCGCCGGCCCGGCUCCAGGCGGUAUAUGAAACUUGGCCGAUCGGAGAUCUUUAAAUAUACCUUCAUGUGUUAUUUCGCUGUCCGACAACUGCAUUAUGGUUUUGUCUUCAUGGUACAUCAAACUAUUUUGGUUCAAUUCUUUUUAAUAUUGUACCUAUAUAAUUGUAGGAAGGAGAUAUUUCAGUAAAUGAACACCAUAGAAAUGUCAUUGAUAGUUAUGUAGAAUUUAUGGGUCACCAAAAAAAACAAUCUAUUAUAUUAAUUAAAAAAGCAUUUGAAGAAGUCUUCAAAACAAAUUUAUUAGAUGAAACAUACACAAAAGAAGAAGUGAAAAAUAUAUUAAACGGUUUAGAAAGAACAAUAACAAAUGAAAUAAAAUGUGAAUUAUCUGCAUAUACAAGCACCAAUCUCCUAAUGAUGUAUCAAUUUUUUCAACAAGCUGAAAAAUGGCAUUUAAGGCUCAAUGUAGAUAUAUCUGAAAUACAAAACAAAGAACUGUUACAAGAAAUGGAAAAAAUAGAAACAAGUUCUAACAUGAUGAACCGAGCUUUAGAAAAAAAGAAGCUUUUGAGUACUCAUGAUCACAUUACAAAUGAUUUUGCUGAAGUGUUGCAAAAAAGAUUAAACCAGCUAGAAACCCACAAUUCUAAAUUGGAAGCAGAUUUAAAAACUUUAGAAGAUAAUUGUAAUAAAUUGAAUAGUGAAAAAGAAGCAUUGAAAUUACUUACCAAAAAAGAAGACAAACAAGGAGAUCCGCAAAAAAGUUUAGUUGAAAUUGAAGUACAAACUCAAAAUAUUUUUGACGAUAAUACUAAUAAUCAUGAUGAAUGUAAAACAACAGUGAAUCAGUUAGAAAAUAAAUUGUUGAUUGCGCAAUCACAAUUAACAUUAACAAAUUUGGAGUUGGACAGAAAAUUUAAUGACACUGCUGCAUACAUUAACAUGAAGAAUAUAAUUGCCAAAAAAAACGAACAGGUUCGAGAACUAAGAGAUCGUUUGCUUAUUUACGAGAAAGAAGACAACCAAGAUAAUGUUGUAUGAUUGAAAUUACAAUUAGUUAAUAAAGUAGGCUGUUUGAAAUAUUGAAUAUAGAUUCAUUUAAAAAUGUUCAAUUACAUAGUACUGCAGUAAGCUCACUAUUUUGUUGGCUCAGUGGCGAGCGAUCAGAUCAAGCGGUGAUAGGCCAGAGCGCUGCAGAAGUAAUUAUACUGGCUACCACCAGCUACCUAUAUCAAAAAAGAGUUGUACUAUUGAUUAAAUCCAUUAUACAAUAGUUGAGGUACUGAUAGCGAUAUUAUUAUAAGGGCAAUUUAAUUUUGUAAGUCGUGACACACUGGGGUCGCGCGCCUCCACCGUUAUAAGCUGGAGACGCGCGACAGUUCUUUUUUCGCCGUUACCGCGGAUACGACGCAAUAAUGUGUCGCUGACGACUGCCGUAGCUUUAAGCCGUAAUGCCGUAACAAUGUUAUACAUAUUAACUUUUCCUAGUAAUAAACUGUUUUAUAUGA